AUUGAUUUAAAGGGGGCUGCCGACGCGGUUGACGCAAAUCGCAUUGCGCAGGCGUCAGUCCCCCAAACACCAACCAAAAAAGAGAAGGAAUUUUUGCGAAAAACUCAGCGCGAGUUCCAGAACAAAAAUUUCUACCAAAUUGAAUAAGUGCUAAAAUUGUGAAAAUAAAGUGGCCAAAAAGUAACUGAAACCACCUAAAUAACUACAAUUAUAAAAAGUUAACUAAACGAAAUGGAGCAAAUCUGGCGUAAUAUCUGUGCCCACUAUGAUGUGCCAGAGGAUGUGACCAAUGCCUGGUUUGCACGCAUCGAACAGCAUCUGAGCGAGGACAGUCCCACUCGCGCCUACCACAACUGGCAAGAGAUGAUGCAGCGCAAGCACGAGCAUCUGUCGGACUGUGCUCCGAGUAUUGCUCUGGCUGCCUUCUUUCAGUACUAUCAUUUCGAUGGCAAUCGCAGCUGUGUGCAGCAGAAUUGCGAAGUCUUUGAGGAAUUUUGUCGCGAUGCCAUGAUUGAGGAUGAGCAAGCCAAAUCGCUUGUCUGCAAUCUGCUGGGUCGCAAGACACCUGAUAAUGAGGUCACCUGGUCACAUGAUGAGGAAGCCAAUUUGUUGCAGGAUGUCGAUUUGGUUGUGUUGGCUGCUCCGCCGGAUGAAUAUAAACACUAUACCCAACUCUUACGUCACGAGUACGCCAAUCUGGAUGACGAGAGCUAUAAAAUGAUGCGUGUCAAAGUCUUGGAGACAUUGUUGCUAAUACCCAGCAUUUAUGCGACAGCCGAAUACCACGAGAAAUACGAGGAGCUGGCACGUGCCAAUAUACAGAAUGAGAUACGUGAGCUAAAGCAAAAGUAAGAGUUUCAGUCGUAAUGUAGUUAGUAAAGAAUUUGGGAUCGAGAAUGCCCAGACAACAGUAUACAAUAUGCAGCUUUUGUCUACAAAUAUGUGUGUGUUGCCUUUUUAUAUAACUAAAUGUUGUCAAGAAGUCAAAAAAUCGAUUUUCUUUUAAAUUCAAUUGAUAAAGAAUAACGGACAUAGAAGAAGAAGUCAAUCUAUCUAUAGUGUAUCAUUCGAGUGAUAUGUACGAUCUUAGCUAGCUGAAUUUACAAGCGAUGCGCCAAUCAUAUUUUUAGU